CACCAGUGCAGAAACAGCUCCCGCAAUUCCCUAGUUACAGUACAUACCCUAUGACUACUUGCUCAACUCAACUUCAAUCCAGUUCAGAUUUGAGGGUGAAAGACGUGUGUUCGCAUUGAACGAAACAAUGGUGUACAACUGGGAUAUGUACGAGCCCAAAUGCUACCGUCUGUACAUUGAUGAGAAUAAGUCCUUGGAGGAUAUUAUGGACAUAAUGCGUGUUGAGGACAACUUCACCCCAAGCAAGCGAGCAUACCAAACACAAUUUCGACGAUGGAAGUUCCCAUCGAAGCAAAAUCCUGCCCACAAGGAUGACCGCCUUGUCGCGCGAGUGAAGGAACUAUGGGAGAAGAACUUAUCGCAACGGGAAAUACUGCGCAUGCUGAACGACGAGGAUGGCUUCGAUAUUAAACACAGGGAACUAAUGCGCGUGCGUACGCGUAACCGCUGGUUGCUUCGUAAACCGAAUCCCGAUCGACCGUCACGAGAGGAGACAGCUGAACGUCCACCGGACGACAUUGUCACUUCUCGUAGCCAAUACGAUCUCUCAGCCGACAACACGUCCCAUAGUAAACACUUGCAACCACAGCAACGUGAGCUGGUUCAGGAUAGUGUAAACGAUGAGCCUGAGUUUGGGAAACCCGAUUGGCAAGACAAACCGCGAGCGGUGGGCGCGGAGACACAGGGUACACGUAAGGGACGGCAGCGCGGCCGUGUCCGCCCAGGUAUGUCUCUAGGAAGUCCAGGGCAGCCGCGAUUUCCGUCCGAGACGACCAUCGACGAGAGUCGGGUUAUCCUCAAGCUCGAUGCGAAACAAUACCAGCACAUGCGCACGUCAUUUGCACGGAUAUGCGGCGAAGAGGGCGUCAUCAAGAAGACCAUCGCCGGCCCUGAGCGAUGGGAGAGCGUGAAAGGCCGCUUGGUUCAGGAGAUGGCGCAUCUGCAGUCCGUGAUCUGGGCGAAUACGGAGGGCGCGGAAAGUAGGCGAUUGGCUUUAGACGUUAUAUGCACGGAUGUCACUAAGCGCAUGCGUAGUAUGGAGUACAAACUGACCAUCACUGAUGCAAAGGCUGUCUUGGGGAUCAAUCCGGAGGAGUACAGGAUUAUACGUCAAGAUUUUGCAAGCGUCCUGAGACAGGACCAAUUCAAAAGCAAGACCGAGGCCGGUCCGGAACAUUGGGAAGCGCUGCAGGAGAAGUGGCGAGCGAACUCAGUUAUCCUGCGGAGGGUGCUUACGGCUGAUGACGAUGAUCAUGUAUAUCAUAACAAGCUACGGGCGAUAGACGUUGUGGCAAGAGACGUCAUGAAGCGUUUAAGAGACGGCCGAAGCAAGGACAAUCAGCACAAGCCACGAACGCCGCCAGCGUCGAAGCCAGCGAUGUUACCUACUGAUGUCCAUGUGGUGUUGGCGAACGGCGAACUUGGCCCCGAGGCGAUAAACUCGCGUGGCAGCGAUAACGGGCAAGAAAUUGGCAUAACCAACGAUUUUGCAUCUUCGCCACGCAGGGGGAGUUCACACCUCUCAACUACGGUGACCCUCGGCACACCACAUGCGUCAAAUCACGGCACAGGACAUGGCUCGCCACACGCUCAGCGAGAGCACCUUCCACCGCCACGAGAAGCGAUACAGCAACACCAGGGCCUUGCAAACACGCUAUCAAGUGAUUCACUUCUGUCUAAUGGUCCUACACAUCAUCCGGCGUCACUCCUGCCUGACAAUGUGCUCAGUAGUGCUCUGCCAAUCGACCCAGAGAUUGGCGGUGCCAUCUCUAUAUUGUUGAACGGACAGGGGCAAGCCCUAGGUACUCAGCAUGCGCAAUCCCCAUUCCCACUUGCGCAGGAUCUCGCUUCAAACGUAGUCCACCCCCCGCAUGCAUAUGUGCCGAAUCCUUAUGGUGGUUCGCCAAGUGCAAAACCACCAAUUGCCGUGUACUUGCGAUGGCAUCACUCAUCGCCAAUCAAUGUGGGGUCCUCGGUGUGGAUUGUCACACUUAGAGCGCGGACGUUCGAGGAGCUGCGCCAUGUCGCGGUCAAGGAACUUCCCGGUAUGGUAUGUGGACGUGUCGUUGGUAUCCUCGACGAAAGUGUGAUAGAAGUGAGUCGAGAUGAUGAGCUGACGGCCUACCUUGCUGUGCUUGAAGGUAGAAGCUCGGCUGGGAUGCCGGGCUCGCCGUGCUUUUAUGUCCAGAUUUUGCCCGGCGGAUGGAAGGCAUAAUCAUAGCCUCGACAGACGGACAAUGAGAGAUGCUGUAGCAUCGGCCUCACUACCGAGAAGUUGGCCCAUGGGCAGUUGACGGGUGCUAGAUAUUACACGCUGCUUUGCCAUGGUCCCACGCAUGUUCUGGCUUCCUUUGAAACGUAUCUACGUAGUCAACUCCAUAAAAAUACAUUAAACAAAAUGCAGACGGUAUCGCUGUCAGGUCGGCUCGAUCGUUAUGCCCCCCAAUUGACUCGUCGCAUCAGGCGCCUUGCUUUGUCACAACGUCUUACCAAGCAUGAUGCGGAGCGAUCAGCCUCCACUCCCAAAGACAAGGGCAGUUCAAGACGGCCUACCGCAGAAAUACAUAAUAUGUAGGUAGUGCUUUACAUGCAAUGCAGGAAAGGGAGCAGUCGAGUGCGUGCAAGGCGCAAUCACGGCCCACUAUGGCGAUUAGCGAGCAUCGGGGGGUGUGCCCCACCAGCGGCCGGUGGAAGGUGGAAAG